AUGGGGACCGAAAUACUUCCUGACGUCUGUUAUUCACCGUCACCGUCGAAUUUCGACCGUCCCUUUCGCAUUCACGUGCAAGACCGAACAUUCCUCAUCGAUGCCGAGUGUAUGCGAAAGAUCUCUCCGGUAUUUUCCGUGAUGUGCUAUGGUAAGGACUUCGAAAAGGGACGUGAAUUGUCUCGGGAAAUCGUUGACGAGAAAUGCGCUGACAUCGACGUUUUUCUGAGAGCUGUUCAUGAUCCAGGAAUCAUCAAUGUAUCGAACUUUUCUGUGAUUCUGCGUCUCUCGCACAAGUACCAAGUGCUGCCGUUGAUCGAAGCAUGCCAGGAUUUAAUCAAGAGAUCAGAUCUCUAUGAUCUGAAACCAGACGAGGUGAUGACAUUGCUGAUUACUGCCUAUGAUUUCCACUGUAAACGUGAGAUCCUGGUAAAGCUGAUACAUCGUUUAGCCUCUGAAGGAAAUGCGGUUUUUGCUCGUUUGAAAAUCAGCAGAUUUCUACCAGCACAGCUGUACGGAGCGGUGAUCUCAACAUCACUGAAUAUCGCCCAGUUGCGUGAAUAUGAAGGAAUGAAUGGGCAUUGCCUAAAGAUGGAAAGGUCAAAGAUCAGAUGGCGGAAUUCGGUUUGUGAACAGUGCAAAGCGAUAUGUGACCGAUGUGCCACAUGCGAUGAGUGUAAAAAGGUACGUGACUACGGAAAACUGACUACCGUAAUUCAAAUAAACAGCUUUGUUCUAACAGUCUAA